GCCCAGGUUGUGUCGAAAGCAUCCUGGUGUUAGCAUUUAGCUAACCGCUGACAAAAAACCUAAACUGAGGCGUGGAUAUUUUUUUUUACAAUGGACGAAUUAAUAACGUGGCUGUAGCGGAGACAAAGAAGACAAGGACCUCUUCAAACUGCCGUUUCCGACAUGUUUUUUUUAAUCGCUGAUACGUGAAGAGGCCAGUGAACGAUGCUAACCAAACAUUAGCUAACGUUCAAACUUUGACGGGCAACAAUUCGUUUAGCUAACUGCUAGUUUAAUUUACUACAACCAUUCCGGGCUAGCCAGGUAACAUUUUAGUAUUGUAGCGAGUGUGCUAACUAACUAGCAUCGUGUGUGUUUACGUUAUCACCAAUAACGCGUUAUUUUUAAUUAACGGUUCAUUUAAAACCAGCGUUAUUAUUGCUAACUGAUCAAUAAUGACUACUGUUGAGCUAAUGCUAACGAUAGCCACUUAAACUUCACUGUAACUGACACACAGUUACUUAAAGAAAAUCAGCAUUUUUGUUAAAGCAAGCAGUAGCCGAUAAACAGCUGUAAUCUGAAUAUCGUGUCUGUUUUGUGAGAUAAAUAAUGCUAAACAGCAGGAUGUCAAACGCACGGGGAUUAGGGCAGCAGUAUUGUCUAAAAAACACAGCUGUCCGGUCAUCUCGGUAAUCUUUGUUUUCUUUAUCAUGCAGCCACAGUAGAUGCUUGUAGAAGGCAUUGUAUCUACCAAAAAUAUUUAGACACCUAGUUCAUUGUAAACAGUCUGUACAGGCUACAGUCUACUUUUCUGUAAGUUAUGUCUGGGGACGCAUCUGACAGCAGUGAUGACUCUGAUACAAAAACAAAUGAAAAGGCCUGCACCGUCAAGCAUCAAAUCACCAAUGCUAACCUCACAGGUCACACUGAGCGGGUUGGCAUGGAGAACUUUGAGCUGCUCAAAGUUUUGGGCACUGGAGCUUAUGGGAAAGUGUUUUUGGUCAGGAAAAACACCGGCCACGAUGUGGGCCAGCUCUAUGCCAUGAAGGUGUUAAAGAAAGCAGCUAUUGUUCAAAAGGCAAAGACGACAGAACACACUCGCACAGAGAGGCAGGUGCUGGAGCACAUCCGACAGUCUCCCUUCCUGGUCACGCUCCACUACGCCUUUCAGACGCAGAGCAAGCUGCAUCUCAUCCUGGACUACGUGAGCGGCGGGGAGAUGUUCACUCAUUUGUACCAGCGGGAUCACUUUUCUGAGGAGGCGGUGCGGAUUUAUAUUGGGGAAAUCAUCCUGGCUCUGGAGCACCUGCACAAGCUUGGGAUCGUGUAUCGAGACAUUAAGUUGGAAAACAUUCUUCUAGACAGUGAAGGCCAUGUGGUAUUGACGGAUUUUGGGCUCAGCAAGGAGUUUCUUGAAGAAGAGAAGGAAAGGACCUACUCUUUCUGUGGGACCAUUGAGUACAUGGCGCCUGAAAUCAUCAGGGGGAAAUCCGGGCACGGCAAGUCUGUAGACUGGUGGAGCCUUGGGAUCCUGAUGUUUGAACUUCUGACAGGAGCGUCUCCUUUUACCUUGGAGGGGGAGAGGAACUCCCAGAGUGAGGUGUCAAAACGUAUUUUGCGCUGUGAUCCGCCGUUCCCCUCAAUGAUCGGAUCCACCGCUCAGGACCUGCUGAGGAAGUUGUUGGUGAAAGAUCCCCACAAGAGGCUGGGCUCUGGACCGCGAGGGUCUGAAGACAUUAAAGCACAUCCCUUCUUCAAGGGACUGAACUGGGCUGACCUGGCACAGAAAAAGGUGGCAAGUCCAUUCAAGCCAGAGCUGAAGAGUGAACUUGACGUAGGGAAUUUUGCUGAGGAGUUCACGGGGAUGGAUCCCGUCUACUCUCCGGCGAGCACGCCCCCAAGCACUGAUCGCCUGUUCCAGGGUUAUUCGUUUAUUGCUCCCUCCAUCCUGUUCAACAAGAACGCAGUCAUGGGAGACUUCGUACAGUCCCAUAUCGGUGCCGAUCGUCCAGCUUCAGCCUCAGUCCAACGCAGUGCGAUGUUAGAGGAAUCACAGUUUUUUCAGCACUAUGAGCUGUGUCUUCAUGGGCCACCCCUCGGCGAGGGCAGUUUCUCCGUGUGCAGGAAAUGCCGACACAAGCAGACUGGUCACGAGUACGCCGUCAAGAUCGUCAGCCGCAGGAUGGAGGCAAACACCCAGAGGGAGAUUGCUGCUUUGAGGCAAUGUGAGACUCACCCAAACAUCGUCAAGCUGUACGAAGUCUACACUGAUCAGUAUCACACAUAUUUAGUGAUGGAGCUCCUGCGAGGCGGCGAGUUGCUGGAAAGGAUCAAGAGGAAGAAGCUGUUUGGAGAGGCGGAGGCCAGUCAGCUGUUACGUCUGGUCUCAGCUGUCAGCUUCAUGCACGAGGCGGGAGUCGUGCACAGAGACCUCAAACAGAGCUCAAACGUGCUAUUUGCAGGCGAGGGGGAGGACUCGGUGCUCAAAGUAAUAGAUUUUGGGUUUGCCCGCCUGUGCCCUGCAGGCAGCGCCCCCCUGCAGACUCCCUGCUUCACGCUGCAGUACGCUGCACCUGAACUUUUCGAGAGCGCGGGAUACGACAAAGCCUGCGACCUCUGGAGUCUCGGGGUCAUCUUGUACACCAUGCUGUCAGGCCAGGUGCCAUUUCAGAGCGAGCAGCGGGGGAUGACCUCAUCAUACGCUGCUGACAUCAUGCAAAAGAUUAAGGAGGGCGAUUUCUCGUUGGAUGGGGAGGCCUGGAAGGGCGUAUCGGAGGAUGCCAAAGAGCUCGUUAAAGGUCUGCUGACGGUGGACCCGGAGAUGCGUCUCAAACUCUCGGAUCUGAAAGAGAACGGCUGGCUUCAGGGCGGAGCGUCCAUGUCCACCACUCCUCUGUGCACUCCAGAUGUGCUGGAGUCCAGUGGGCCGACUGUCCGCACUUACGUCAACGCCACCUACAAGGCUUUCAACCGAGGUAAGAGAGAGGGCUUCUUUCUGAAAAGUGUCGACAACGCUCCCCUCGCAAAACGCAGGAAGCUGAAGAUGACGAGCACAGGUGUGGAGACGCGGUGGAGCUCGUCCUCUUCCUCCUCGUCCUCCUCCACGUCCUCCUCUGCCUCUGCAACAGCAUCUAAAACACAGCCAAAGCAAACUGUGACCCCGAAGCAGAGCUAGCCUGAACAGCA